CAUUCCAUUUCCACCCCCUUCCCCUGUUUCCCUUCUGAAUAUUCUCUGUUUCGUCCUUUCCCCUGUUUUUUCACUUCUGGGUUCAGGGGAAACCAGUGAUUCCCGCCAUCCUUUGAUUAAUCGAAUACAUGGACGGAAGCCUGUUCAAUCAAGAUCCCAAUUUCAGCCAAUUCCCAUACUCAUCUGAAAAUUCCAUGGACUGGGAUUUCGUGGAGGAAUCGUUGCUGUAUCAGGAGGAUUGCUACUGGCCGGAGGAAGUCGACUUGAUCAGUUCGCACUCUGCCGCUGUGGUUCUCGACGAAUUGGACCCUCUGCCUGCUCUCCAGAGCUUCCAGAUAGUCAUUGAAGAAGAACCCAUGUUGGAAACCGCCAUCGCGGCUUCAGAACAGGAAUUUCCUCGCGAAGAGUCCAUCUCUCCGAAGCAGGAAGAAGCAGCUUCCUCCUCCUCCUGGUUCGCUUACAUGGUGGAUGCACAGGAGAAAGGGCGAUGUGGGUAUUUCUCGUGGGGUUGCGUUCCAAAGGAGGAAGAGCUCAACGAGGAAUUCAAGGUCUUAAAUCAGUGGAAAGACGAGCAGGAGUUUGGAUUCGAAGAAAAUAACGGGAUUUUACUGGGAUGGAGCCAGCAGCGUCAGCCAGAGGAAAACAGAGCUCUUCGCGCUAGGAAAACAGGGCAAAGGUACAGCAAGAAGAGAACCAAAUUCCAUCAGAACAUCAGCUUGCAAGUCUUGAGGCAGUACUUCGCUGGGAGUCUCAAAGAUGCCGCCAAAGACAUUGGAGUUUGCCCGACGACGCUGAAGAGGAUAUGCAGGCAGCACGGGAUCGAGCGUUGGCCGUCGAGGAAGAUCAAGAAAGUCGACCAAUCGUUGAAGAAGCUUCAACGAGUGAUCGACUCUGUUCAUGGAGCUCAAGGCACCAUCGAAAUCGGCUCAUUCUACUCAGCUUUCCCUGAAUUGAAUUCUGUUGCUGAUAACAUCGCCACCCCUGAGGUACUUUCUCCAGUAACAUCACAACAAUCCGCAGAUUCCAAGCGACCAAAACCAGCUGAAAGUAGUGUCACAGGUGUUUGUGAAAAUGCCGCAGUGGCCUAUAAACCCCCUGUUGAUCAUCCUGGAACUGCCAUCACAAGUGUUUGUGAAAAUGCCGCAAAGAACUAUUUAAAGCCUGCAGGUAUCAGCAGUUGCAGGAGCUCGGUGGAAGGGGGCGGGUUUCGGGUGAAGGCGAGCUUAGGAGACGAGAAUGUCAGGCUGGUGCUACAGCCAAAUUGGGGAUUAAUGGAACUGAAGCAAGAGAUUGGAAAGAGGUUCAGCGUCGAUGAUCAUGUCAAGUCAAUUUGCUUCAAGUACUUGGAUGAAGAUGGAGAAUGGGUUCAUUUGAGCUGUGAUGAUGAUCUUGAGGAGUGCAAAGAGAUGCAUAGGUUCUCAGACAGGAAUGCCAUUAGGGUUUCCCUCCAUUAUUACACCCAAAGCUUCUGAGAAUUCCAAUGGUUGGAGUUGGUUUGAUGAUGUUGAGUUUUUUUUUUGUUGUACUCUAGCUAGGGUCUUCAUCAAGAAUAUGGCCCAUUUUGUUGUGUCAUUAGGCUUGUAAUUAGUGGAAACGGUUUGAUUAAUGAAAAAUAUACUAUGUACCA